AUGUACGUACGCACCAUGGGUCCAGGAUACGAUCCUGGGGGUCUGAAGAGUACUGUAUUACGGAACGCGGCAUUACUUUGGCAGACCGCCAAAUCAAAAAGGGCUGCCCGCCUGCAUGUCAGACGCGAUCAGCUCAACUUUUGCGAUGAGCAGUACUAA